UAGCACAAGGGUUACUCAGUCAGAUGAGGAGCUUGAUGAUUUCAACUUUCUGUCCAUUACAGCUUACAUUUAAAAGAAGAAAACAUAUGAAACAGGCUUCACUGAUUUCCAAGCUGGCAGGAUGUCAGUGCUGCCCACAGAGAAGACAAAUGGAUCAGGAGGAGACCCCCUGUGGCAGGUAACUGCUCUGAGAGAUUUUAUGAAAUACCACACUGUACAGAUAAUAUCAUGAAAUUCAGUUCCAUCAGAGGUGUUUACAUUUCAUAGAUAAACUGCUCACUGCUGAUUUUUUAACUGUAAACUGUGAUAUUGAAUGUAAACUGUGAUAAAAUAAAAAGUUCUGAUGAAAAUUACAGCCCUCUCUUUCAAAGAAAGACAACUUGAGAAAUUAGUGAUUACCAAAUACUUUUUUUGCUCCUCUGUGUAUUUAUCAGUCUCUUCCAGACCUGAUCUCCUGGUUCAUCUUCAUCUACAGGUCAUCAUAAUUGUCUUCCUCACAGGAUCUCUCUCUGUCAUCACUGUUGUUGGAAACAUCCUUGUACUAAUAUCAUUCAAAAUAAACAAGACCCUGAAGACAGUGAACAACUACUAUCUGCUCAGCCUGGCAUUUGCUGACCUGAUUAUCGGUACCUUGUCAAUGAACCUGUACACAACCUACAUCAUCAUGGGUCAUUGGGCACUUGGGCCAGUCUUGUGUGACUUGUGGCUCGCCAUAGAUUACGUGGCUAGUAAUGCCUCAGUCAUGAACCUUCUCAUCAUUAGUUUUGACAGAUAUUUCUCUGUAACAAGACCCUUGACCUACAGGGCGAAACGCACCACCAAGCGCACCAUGGCCAUGAUUGGAUUAGCCUGGUCCAUCUCGUUUGUUCUUUGGGCUCCUGCCAUAUUGUUUUGGCAGUAUGUUGUUGGUGAGCGGACUGUACCGCCAGAGGAGUGUUACAUCCAGUUCUUGACUGAGCCCGUUACUACCUUCUGCACUGCCAUUGCUGCCUUCUACUUGCCAGUGACUGUCAUGGCUUUUCUGUUUUGGAAGAUUUACCAGGAGACAGAGAAAAGAGCCAAAGACAUACAAAGCCUUAAAGGGUCUUGUGCAAGCACCAACCUGAACCAGACUGUAAGUGAAAUGAGUGAAGGAGUUGGUGAAGGGAGUAUAAAAUCCAACCAGAGGAAUACUUCUGUCAAAUUGCACCUUGUAAGAACUUCUUCAUCCAGAAAGUUGUGUCAUCAGGAUGGCCCUGCUAGGGACCCAAGAGGUUCCGAUUUUGACAGUGCAUCACAAUCGCCAACAGGUAGGAAGACAAAAUUAAUCUGUCUCUCUGUCUGUCUAGAGUUUGAGAAGUCUGUAGAGGAGGAGGAAAACAAGGAUCUAGAGCAAACAUCAACCAUCAAAAGACAACAUGGUUCACCCCUUUUUAAGGCCUCUUCAUCCAACCUGCCAGGUCUAACCAUGACCAUAAAAGAUGCUGCCCUGGCCAAACGGUUUGCCUUGAGGGCAAAACCUGAGAUAAACAAACACAAGAAUGAAAAAAAGGCAAAUGAGAAGAAAGCAGCUCGGACCCUCAGUGCCAUUUUGCUGGCAUUCAUGAUGACGUGGUUGCCCUAUAAUAUCAUGGUUUUGAUCAAUACUUUCUGUCAGAACUGCAUCCCUGAAGCUUUGUGGGCUCUUGGUUACUGGCUGUGCUAUGUCAACAGCACAGUGAACCCUAUGUGCUACGCUCUGUGUAACAAAACCUUCCGGACAACUUUCAGGGCCAUUUUAAUGUGCCAGUGGAAUGGAAGAAAGAAGCCUCACCCACAUCAGAGACAAGCUUUUCAAACUAAGAACGUGCGUAAAGCGAGACACCAAAUGCCUCCAUCAUAAGCAUUUUCAUUUACACAUUAUAUGAAUAUUUGUAUACAGAUUGGCAUUCACAUGCUUUUUCUCAAAAAAGACUGCGCCAUGACAGUUCAACCUAAACUCCACAACUUGUUCGUACUCAUUUGGGACAAUUCUAGACCUCAUAUGAAAACUGAGAUCUCAUUCUAGUAAGAGUGAGGUUGAUGCAAAGCUGUCCUAAUUGGUAACACCAGUGAUUUUUAGAAGAAAACACAUUUUUGGCAGUCUUUGCAUUUUUUAAAUUUAACAACUGAUCACUGAUUAUAAAAUCUCUUCGUGAGCACAACAGUUUACCGAUAUACAAUCAUGUUUUUGAGUUGACCUGUAUUUUUUUAAUCUGAACAAUCAUGUAAACAGGUAAACAAAUAAACAAUAUA